UGCAAUGUCUAAGACACAGCCCAAGAAAAAGGAGUCCUCCUUAAGUAAAGUCUCUUUAUCCGACCGACAGACUGAACCAGCGUCCCUAGCAGCCACUUCCUCUGAGAGCCUAGGAGGUUUAUGGAGAUGCAGAUUUCCCAUUUGGCCUGAGUGGAAUGAUGCAGAAGUCAACAAGGAGAAAUGGGACUCAAGUAAAGGAGCUGAAGACGGAAAGACGACCAAGAAUCACAAUGCUCCAUUUUUUGAAGAUCCUGAGGGAAAAAUUUCACUGCCUCCAUCUAUGAAAGUGCACUCCUGGAAGCGUCCUACAGAGUUCAUUGUCAACAAGAGUCUCACCGUUGUUGAAAAUCAAGUGACCUUUGACCUAAUCUCCCCCAAUGAUCAUCUGAUUUGCAGUGAGCUGAUGAGGUGGGUCAUCAGUGAGAUCUGUAUUGUUUGGACGCUGCAUAACCGCACAAAUACAGAACAUGAUUGUUGGAGACCUUGGGAGCACAUCUACUCGCUGUGUAAGGUGGCGAAAGGUCAUGUGCCUCUCUACAACAACUAUGGGAAAUACGUGGUCAGACUCUAUUGGAUGGGUUGCUGGAGGAAGAUAACAAUAGAUGAUUCGAUGCCAUUUGAUGAAGAAAACAACCUCCUUCUUCCUGUCUCCACCUGUCAGUCAGAGCUGUGGCCAAUGUUGUUAGCCAAGGCUCUUAUUAAAGUGGCCAACACAAAUGUAGUGUCUGAGGUCUACGGAGAGAUGGGUGAGUUCACCUUUAUCCACACCCUCACUGGCUGGAUCCCAGAAAUCUGUCCGAUAAAGUCUGUAAACCUGGGAAAAACGUGGGAUUUCUUACAAGACACCAUUCCCAUAUUUACACACCCAGAUGAGAGUUUGCCGGAGAGAAAGUCUCAGACUGCAGAUCCAGCUGCAGGGAGACGUUCCAUCUGUAAUGAAAGCAAGAGUGAGAUGACCGAGCCAGAGACAAGUAAAGGUACCCCCGAGGUAGUGGUGUGUGCCAGCUACUACCCAUUACAGCCACAUAACAACUCCUUUGGGUUUGGACAAAUGGCUAAUUCCUCAGAGUUUCUUCGUCAGUGCGGUCUCUCCUUGCUGUACAGCCACAUUGUCCUGUUGACAAGAACCAGGGCAUGCCCGCUGGAGGCACCACCCAAACAUCCACCUGUACCCCAAUGGAAACUCAUCCGCCGGCGGAAGGAGAUCACGGUCACCGAUGAACCACAAAUGCUUCCUUUGUCAAAACCAGAACAGUUCAUUGAGGUUGCCAGCCCUUUUCUCUCCUACAAUGUCAAGAGUAGCGUUGGCCCGAUCCCUGAGUUAGAUGCCAAGGAGAGCUCUCAGAGGAAACGUUCCCAUGGAUCCCCUCUGGUGUCCAUUGCUGAGAGAGAGGAGAGCGAACACCGAGAAGGCCUCCAGCCUGAUGCAGCUGAAGUCACCACUGACUCACCAAACGGCACAAAAGACAAAAUAGAGGUUACUGCAAAGGACAUGAAGAAGGACAUUGAUGACAUAUCAAAUGAUCGACCCAAAACUGCAAUGGAAAAGUCUGUAACUGAGGAACCCUCGGCUCCUGUCAAACCCCUCCUGCAGGAGACCUGGAUGGACCUGAAUGACUUUGCUAAAUGCUUUCAGAAACUCUUGGUGUUUCAUAAAACGCCAAUCUACCCACAUCAUAUCAAGAAAUCACAUUUUAAGAGCACCGUCUUGUCCAAAACUACAUCAAGCACCAACUCUACUGGGUCAUCAACACACCUUACUGGAUCCCUCCCUGUGACGUCUACUGUAGCUAGCCCUGAAUGUCCAGAGGUGAGAGGCAAUCACUACCUGUAUGUGGACAGCCUGCAACCUACCCAGAUCCUGAUCAGCUUCUCUGCUCUGCUUCUCUGGGCAGAUGCCGCUGAGGAGAAAAAGGAAAUGUCCACAGCAUGUAUGUCUGCCGUUCUCAUCGCCCAGGCCUACUCCUGGACAAGCCUGCAGUCUCAGCUGCCAGUACUCACCAUCAAGACCACCUCCUCAAAGGCGGCCAUGCUCAAUUUACCCCCCGGGCGCCACGUCUUGUCCUUCCAGGCAAAGGCAGCACUGGGCUACCACGUUCACCUCUGCAGCAAGACACCUUUCAUGUUUGGGGAUGAAGAAACCAUCAUGUCACUCCUUACCAAGGAAAGUGCUCGUUUCACUGACCUUGCCUCGUCCAUAUGGAGGGCCCUCUCAAGAUUAGUGGCUUCCUUUAGCGAUGAGCAGGACCAGCCAGCAGCCAGAAGAACUCUAGAAGAGGCUUACUGCCCCCAAAACAUCAACACAGCCCUGGGAAAAGGGGAACUCCACAAGGUGUUUAACUCUGCAGUUCACAAGAUGCUGUUUGAGGCUCUGGGCAGGAAGCUGACAUCAGAGGAGCGGUUUGCCAUACUGGCCCUCACAGCUGACCCUUUCCUAUCGUCCACUGAUCCCAAAGAACACUCCCCUACAUUGGAUGCAGAAUCAAAGCCUCCAGAAAGCUGGAGAAACAGGGAGCCAACAGACAGGGAGGUUAAAGCAGUCACCGUUCUGCAGGUUGCAUUCAAAGGACACUUGGUGGGAAAGAUCUUGAGUGCCUCAAAACCAGGCACCAAGGAGAACCUCAGUGCAUCUAAGAUCCUUUUAGACAUGUGGCCGAAGGUUGAAUCGGAUGGAGAAAAACAUGCUGCCCUCUUGCUACGGUGUAUCAUUGACCACUCUGAGAGGAGAGCAGAGCUCUACUCCUGUCAGCAGGAUGAAUGGACCGGAGUCACCUUCGCUGAUUACUCCGUCUCUCUUCAAGACACAGCCAACUCCUGGGUCUUGGUCUUUAGAGAGGUGUUCCUGGUGCAUAAGGAGAUGAAGCUAGUACCAAAGGUCUACUCCCCAGUCCCUAAUUGUCUGCUACACGUCAUAAACAACGACACAGGAGAGGAGCUGGACAUGUUCUUCAACAAAGUAGCAACCCAUGUCUAUCAACCCAACAAGCUUGGUUAUACCUUUGUAGCAGAGGCUGUCACACCUGAAUCAACCCCUUCUGGUGCCAAGUGGAGGAUGCGCUUGAUUGGCGCAAGGGAACUUCUUCCAAAACUGUCCCGUGAGACUCCACUCAACACGUUCUCAGUGAAGGAAUUCCGUGAUUAUUACAUUCCCAAUGACGAAAACCUCAUAUGUCGUUACUUAGUGCAGGUGACUGCAGACGUCCUUGGAACAAUUCAGUUUCAGACUUCUAAGCCAGAGGUAUUGAUCCGUCUGUCCAUUCUGGACCAGGAGAAGGUGGUGGCCGGCAAUACUGGCAAGGGACAUGUGGUAAUUCCAGUGUUCUGCUUCCAGGCAAACAAAGAUGAAAAGAACCAGAACCAGAAGGGAUCCCCCACCCGGGGAAAGGGAGUCAAGGUGGUGGACACUCCCCAGGAGAAAGAUGAGGAGGACAGCAAAGCUGGGAAAUCAGACUCCUCGUCUGACCAGUUCCAGCCUCCCACAGAGACUAUGGUUCAUAAGUAUGUGGUGCAGGCAGAGGUGCUUCAUAAGAGCUGGGAUUUGGAUGAAUCUCAGCUGGCUUUUGUCCAGACACUCAGAGACUUGGAGAAGAAGGAAAUGAGAGUAUACAAGCUUGAGGACUUGAACCGAUCAUCCACCACUGACACGCCGCACCAACAUGGGCACAAAUCUGGCACACCCAAAGCCAACCGCAAAGGGGAAGGUGACAAGGAGAAGGGGAAGCCAGCUGCCAACUCUAAAUCUGGCUCCAGGCAGGAAACGAGCCUUGACCUGACUAAGGCGAACUGGACUCUGCGUGUGGUCACUGACAAGAGCAAAACGGAGAUCAUUGAGGUGUCAAAGGACACGGAGAGAACGGACCAGAUUCAAGCUAUUAAAAAAGCCUGGGUAAUGGCUGAACCAGGCCGCUGUGCCAAGGCUUUACAGUCUCGUUUCAAGUUUCUCAACCAGCAUCAAGCAAGUGAUGAAACCACUACAGAUGACGCAGAAAGCAUAGAGCAAGCUGUUUCCAGAUCUGAUCCUGGCACUGCUCUUAUUCUAUCUAAUAAAGAACUAACCAUGGACUACACUCCGUUCAUCAGACACCAAAAGGAUUUUCCAGCACUGAUGGACUCGCAGAUAGAGGAGAUCCAGCAGAAGGAGCGCUUAGAGAAGAUCCAGACUUACCGGUUGGUCCGAGACAAUGUGCUGGAGCAUCAGAAACAGCAGGAGCUCAACAGGAAGGAGCUAAUAAGACACCAGCUGGAGAUGUAUGAGCACAUGCAGGCAGUCUUGUGGCAGCGCUGUAAGAAAUUCCUGGAUGCUUGCGAGUCAUUAAGUAGCCGUCAGAUGGAGGCCGUGAAAAAGAAACAAGAAGAGAAACAAGGUCUGGAGGAUGCUCAACAGUCAGUCCAAGAAAGAACGCCCACCUCUUCUGCCAACCAGCAGCCAAACAAACGCGCCAAGAGUGCUGGCAAGAAGAAAUGAUGGUCAUUGGCACUAAGCUCCAGUCUAAAUUCUCCUCAGCAGACAGCUCUCAACAAGUCUGUUUGAACACUAAAUAAUCUUAAUUUACCAUAGUAGCCUGCACUAGAUGAUAUAAUACCUGACCAAUAGAUUGUUGUUGCACCUGAUUCAGAGCUGAGAGUGCUAUUGCAUUUGUCUUUAGACUCUUUUGAAAUAUGAAACUCUAAAAAGCUAGUUUGUUAAUGUUUAUAAUGUUUUUUACCAAAUGUAUUCAUACUUUCACAACGUGUGUACUGUAUUCCUUAUCAUAUUUAAAAAAAAAUACAUGCA